AUGCUCAUGACCAGGGAGCAGCUGGGGCGUCUCAGCGAAACGGAUGUCCGCGAUGCCAUCCCCGCCGAUACGUUGUUGUCGGCGCUAGCUUCGUCACCCUUCAUUCCUUCCGCUUCGCUCGUCAAUAUCCGCGAUCUGGGAUCCGUCACCGGCUCUGCCAUACGCCCGGGAGCCAUCUACCGGUGCGGCACCCUGGAGGCGGCCGCCAAGGACCCGGACGCACUCGAAUGGCUGGCCACCAAGGUCAAACACAUCUUUGACAUACGGUCCCCUAGAGAGCGUGAACGCCAUCCGGACCCCGAGGUCAGAGGGGUCACGAACACGUGGUUCAACAGCACAGUUCUCGAUGGCCAACCCGUCCUGGAAGAGUUUGUUGAGGCUGAUGGCGCACCUGGACUCCGUAAAGAGUACCUCAAGAUCCUCGACAUAUACCAACCCACCUUUCGGGUCAUACUGGAGCACUCUCUUGCCGGGGCGAACCCGGAGGACGUUCGCUUCGACUACAUGCUCUCGCGCAUCGGCACCGAACCCGCAAGGGAGAAGUUGCUCAGCUACGCUCGCAUCGGUACCGGCGUCACUUUUGACCAUCCGGGUUUCUACAACAUGUGUAGCCUGCGGACAUCAUGCUGGGAUGCCUUUGUCGCGGGCGUGCAAGAGGAGCACGGCGGUUGGGAUGGCUACGCGAUGAAGACCCUGGGGUUCUCGAGCGAUGACCUUGCGAGAAUCAAGGCAAACCUACGAGGAAGCAAGGCGUUGUGA